AGUGCACUGACAUGACAUACGGCACCAAACAUCUAAACACUCUUGCAAUGCGUAUCUGCACAAUUAGAAAUAAUUCAACUCACCAAUUGCGUUUAAAUUCACAAAUCGACAACUUUUGUUUUUAAUACUGAGAAUAUAGACACAGAAGAGUUAUUAGUUAAUAGGCUAUGCUUCUUUUGGGACAUGCUGAAUUUGAACAAGUGUAAACGCGGCCCGGUUAUGACAGCAGACUCAGCCAUUGUCAUCAUUUUUGGAGCAAAGUCCAGCAACGCGAUAAAAGCCAAGCGUCACUGAUAUUGCUGGCACACCGAAACACCCAGAGAUUGACCAGAAUGGACACAACGUCGUCGUUUAUAAAGUCAGUAACCAAGCGAGUGUGGUCUCCACCGCAGCGACCGUUCAGGGUUUGCAGUCACAACAGGGAGAUCAAGAAGGGCAUCACGGCCGGGACUCUGGAAGAGCUAAAAGAGAGAGUAUGCCAGGCGUUGCUCCUCUCGCUUGUGUCUCUAGUUUGUGAGGACGAUGGAACGGAGGUAGACUCCGAUGAUUUCCUCGUGACUCUGCCAGACAACUACAUGAUCAUGGCCCUGGAGCCUGGACAUAUAUGGCGACCCCAAAUGGGGGCAAUUGUUGCCAGAUCUCAAGACAAGAUCAAGCCCAAGUCAGGAAAAGACAUCGCAAGUGUCACAUUUGACCUUUACAAGUUGAACCCACGGGAUUUGUUUGGCUCCCUAAGCGUGAAGGCCACCUUUCAAGGUCUGUACUCGGUGAGCGCCGACUUCCAGUGUCUGGGGCCUAAAAAAGUCAUUAGAGAAGCCCUCCGUGUGGCCUCCAGCCUCCUCAAUGCCGCAGGACACCUGCUCAUCGCCUCCGCCUCCAUGAUCCGCCGCAUCAUCGAGGGCGUGGAGCUUUGGCAGCAGCCGCACAAGGCAGAGUACACAACAUCCUGGAAGUGACAAGCUAUCAUUUAUUUUAAUUAUGCAAGCAAAAGAUACAUUUUUCAGGGCAUUUUGUACAUUUUUGUGUGUAAUGUCAAAACAAUGAAAUGAUUUUGACAGUGAUCAAGGAUAAUGUUAUCUUCAUGGCACUGCCCCUUCUGUGUGGGUUAAAAAAGCUAAUAUUUACCCUGUACGUUAUCCAACAUUGUUUUUCAUGUGGGGAAGAAAAAGUCUGAACACUCAUGAAAGUGCGUGUUGCCUUCCGGUAAGAGUGGGUCUUUGGUACAGUGCCUGAUACAUAUACUUUAGUAUACUAUGUGUCUAUGGUGAUUCUCAUUCAUCCAGGUCAUUGAAUCUCAGGGCAUUCAAUCGGUCGCAACCGGACUGUUGGGUUUGUUCACAAAAUCUGUGUUAGUGAGCAUUUCCUCUUUGCCAAGAAAAUCCAUCCCACCUCACCGGUGUGGCAUAUCAAGAUGCUGAUUAAACAGCAUGAUUAUUGCACAGGUGUGCCUUAAGCUGCCCACAAUAAAAGGACACUUUGAAAUCUGAA